AUUCUGACUCGGGUGUUCGCUGCUGCAGGAGUUCGGUCCGGACCAGAACCCAAACAUCACCUUAUUUGUAAACAUUCCAGGAUGGGCGUGUUUGAGAACUGCUCGGUGCUCCUGGAGCUCAAAGAUUUGCCCUUCAAGGAGAAGAAGAAGCUGAAGUCUGCGGUGACGGCGAACGGAGGCAGCAUCUCAUUCGUGGUCAAUAAAAAGUGCUCUCUGGUUGUGACCAGCUCCGUGUCCAUGCUGAGCUCCAACCGUCUACGCAGCAUCCAGAAGUACCAGACCCCCGUGGUGGGCCUGGACUAUGUGCUCAGCUGUGUGGACCAAGACGUCCUCCUGCCUGUGGACGAGUACAAGCUGGACGCCUCGUCAUCUUCAUCAGUUCUUCUUCCUCAGCGUCCAGGUCCUCGAGACUCACCUGUGCCUGAAGAGAGAAAUGAUGAAGAAGAGUCCAGGAUUUUCACAGAACUGGACUCUGAUGUUCCAGAGUUUCCCGAAGACUUCCAGGUGGCGAAGUACGCCAUCUUUCAAAAGAGGAGCAGCAGCAGCUGGUGCGUGUUGGAGCUGCAGAGCACCAGAACCAAACUGGGACGGCGCUAUCGGGUCGUCCGAUACUGGAAAGACGACUUGGCGGCAAAGAACGCAGCGGUGAAGGAUCAGCUGGUCUUUCUGUCCACAGAGAAAGCUCUGGAGGUCUACGAGUCUCUGACGAAAGGUCUGGACUCUUCUGGUCUGCAGAGGAAGAGAAGUUUUCCUCCAGAAGCGCCGCACUUUGGCUCCGCCCCCCUGCAGCAUCUGCUGCUGGAGGAGAAGCUGAACACAGGAAGUGUGUCACAGGAAGUGGCGGUGUUUGUGGAGACGCUGUGGACCGAGGCUUUGGGUCGUCUCGACACCGUCCUGAGUGUUCCCAUCAACAAGCUCAGCCUGAACGACGUGAGCCGGGCUGAGGGUUUGUUGCUUCAGGCUCAGAAGAACCUGCAGGAGGGAAACAUCUCAAAGGCGUCGUCUCUCCUGGAAGAGGUUUACAACCUGCUGCCCCACAAAGGACCCAGACUUUUAGAACCCGACAUCGGGUUCCUCUCUCAGAAACUGGACCUCUGUCAGUUAAUCCGAGAUGUUCUGAACGUUAGUGAGAUGACUCUGAGGAGCCCCGAGCCGUCCUGCGUGGGAAAGUACCGGGCUCUCCGGUGCAGCAUCGAGACCCUCCCUCCCGACAGCCUUGCGUUCCAGAACAUCGCCGGUCUACAGCAAGACAGCCCCGUGCAGAUCCAUCAGAUCAUGCGUGUCAGCAGGGGGGCGGAGCUUCAGAGCUUUAAGGCUGAACUCGGGAACAUUAGGCCCCUCCUCCACUCGUCCAGUCCCAGUAACUUUGUAGGAAUUCUGUCCCGGGGCUUGCUGCUUCCUCGUGUUGGAGUGGAGCAUCAUGGGAUUGAAAGAACAGACGCCGGGAACCUCGGCAGUGGGAUCUACUUUAGUGACUCUGUGAGAACCAGUCUGAAAUACUCCAAACCCAGUGAGACAGAUGGAUCCAGGCUUCUGCUGGUCUGUGACGUGGCUCUGGGACGGUGCAAGGAUGUCCAUAAGAGGGACCUGACUCUGAGCCAGGCUCCUGAGGGCCACCACAGUGUGCACGGGGUCCGCCGCGCUCAGAACCCACAGUCUGACUUUGAGGACGAUGAGUUCGUCGUUUAUUCUCCUGAUCAGGUCAAGAUAAAAUACGUGAUUCGGUUUAGUGUUGAAGGGGACCACCUGAAGGACUUCCACCCUGCAGUGGACACAUCAGCUGAAGCAUGUCAGCCUGUCAUGGACCAAGAGUCUCUUCCUGUAGUAGAUGGUGACAUGGAAAACCUUAAAAACCCUCUGGAGGACGUGACAGCUGGACUGUUGGACAGCUCGGGACAGCAGCUCCCCCUGCAGGCCGUCCAUGUGAAGUGCAAACUGAUGGAUCUUCUCUCUCAGGUGAUUAUUUUCCAGAAAUACACCAACCUGAGCUCCGUACCCAUCGAGGCGAAGUACGUCUUCCCUCUGGAUGAUUCUGCUGCCGUGUGUGGAUUCGAAGCGUUCAUCAAUGGGAAACACGUGGUGGGACAGGUGAAGGAGAAGGAAACGGCUCGAAGGGAGUACAGGCAGGCGAUAGAGAGAGGUCAUGGAGCGUACUUGAUGGACCAGGAUGCUCCUGACGUCUUCACCAUCAGCGUGGGGAACCUUCCUCCUGGAGCCACCGUUCUCAUCAAAGUGACAUUCGUGUCAGAGCUGGUGGUCAAAGACGGCAGCAUCCUGUUCUCCCUGCCCGGGAGCGUGGCGCCGUGGCAGGAGGACGCCGCACUCAAACAGACUUCACAGGUCUCUGUGAAGAAAGUUUGUGUGACCGAUGAAGCUGCAACCUCAAGAGAGUUCACGCUGGACAUGUCUGUUGAGAUGCCCAACAAGAUCUCAGAGCUGCACUGCAUCACUCAUCAAAUCAAGAUGAAGAGGACGGACUGUAAGGCAGUGGUCAGUGUUCUGCCGGGUCAGGUCAUGGGUCCAGAUGGGUUCCAGCUGUCUGUUGGUCUGUCUGAGGUGCACCUGCCCAGGAUGUGGGUGGAGAAACACCCCGACAAAGAGAGCCAGGCCUGCAUGCUGGUUUUCUACCCAGACUUUGAGCUGGACUCUGGUUCUGAAGCUUCUGAAGUGGUCCUGUUGUUGGACACGUCUGAGUCCAUGAGGGGGGAGACGCUCCGUCUGGCCCAGAGAAUCGCGCUGCAGGUUCUGAGGAAGCUCCAGAACAGCACCAGAGUCAACGUGGUUCUGUUUGGGACAGAUCACACUGAUGCAUUCCUGAAAGCUCAGCCGCUCUCUGAUGUUCGUCAGGCAGCCGAGAACUUCAUCGAGCGCUGCUCUCCAGUGGGGGGUGGCACCGAGCUGUGGCGGCCCCUCCGAGCGCUCGGCCUGCUGCCGCCGUCCCGCGGCGUCCGGAACCUGCUGCUGGUGUCGGACGGCCACAUCCAGAAUCUGGCGCUGACUCUGCAGCUGCUCCAUGAGAACGCCCCGCACAGCCGCCUCUUCACCUGCGGCCUCAGGUAG